UAAAAGAUUCAUAGUGCGUCUUGGACUCUAGCCUGGUCGGAUGUGCCUUUCCCACCUGUCCUAUUGGGUUGCUUUUUUUUUUCGACCCUCUUCGAAUCGCUCCCAAUCGGAAAAAAGAGUGACAGCCAAGAAUUGUUUGAUUCCUCCCCCUCUUUGGCCGUCGAGUGAUUUAUCAGAGUUUUUCUCGCAAUCGACGCUAUUUUUCGUCUCGUUAUCUUGACUGAAGCAACUUGUGAGGAAAACAAAGUUCUUUGGCGGAUCGCUGAAAGAAAAUGACUUUUACUUUCCGUUUGAGUUUACUGCUGCUCGUGGCCGCGUGGAAUUUCGAACCGGCCUCUACCGCCAACAUCCUUUUCUUAUCGCCCAUCACGUCCUACAGCCACACGCAUUUCUUCUUUUACACGAUCAAAGCGUUGGCCAGCCGCGGCCAUACCAUCACCCACUGGAACGGUUUAAAGCCGAGAGAAGACAUAAGAAAUGUCACUCACUUGCAUUCGACCGGUUUGCAGAAAGUGAACAGCCGACACGACAUCGGUUUCGACACCAACAAUCCGCUCAAAUUGUGGUUCAAACAUCCCGAACGGAUGGCCAAUGUUUGUAAAACUUGCUACAACGAUCCCGUCUUUCAUCAGCUGAUUACGAGCAGAGAACAGUUCGAUUUGAUUGUUAUCGAAGCUUUUAUGAACGAGUGCGUGCUGCCGCUGGUGCAACAUUUCCGCGCGCCUUUCAUCUACUUGAGCGGACUGCCUCCGCUACCCUGGAUGUUCGAGUCUACGUGCUCGCCCAUGUCUACUCAAGAAUAUCCGGUGCUCGUGACCGAUUUCACGGACGAGAUGAACCUAUUCCAGCGGACAAUCAACAUCGUAGUUAGCACGGCGAUGAUCUACUUUAGGAAUUGGUUCAUAUUGCCCAGGGUGGACGUCGAAGCCCGACACGCUUGGAUCAACUCCAGCGAACCCCUUCCGACUGUCAAAGAGAUCGAAAAUCGAUUAAGCCUUUUCAUUACCAACAGCCAGCCGAGCCUCACUUACCAUUACUUCAAGUCAUCGACCAUCGUCGACGCUGGAGGGCUUCAUUUGCGACCGCCCAAACCGCUGCCAAAGGAUGUCGAGGCUUUUGUGAAUGGGUCUGCAGACGCGGGAUUCAUCGUGCUGAGCUUCGGCUCUAUCGUGCAUGGGUCGGGAAUGCCUGAGGCGACGCGCAAGAUUUUUGUGGCCGCUUUCUCCCGUUUACCGCAAAGGAUUUUAUGGAAGUGGGAAGACGAGUCGGGCAUGGAUGAUCUUCCGGCCAACGUACGACUCUACACCUGGCUUCCUCCUCUCCUUGACCUACUGGCUCAUCCUAAAAUGCGCUUACUAAUGACUCACGGCGGACUGUACAGCAAUCAAGAGACCGUAUGGAGCGGCGUACCCCUCAUUGGUUUCCCCGUUUUCGGUGACCAAUCGAACUAUGUCUCAAAGGCGGAAAAAGACGGCUACGCCAUUAAAUUGGACUGGAUGACGCUAACAGAAGAUACCCUCUACAAUUCGAUUCACGAAAUCAUCACCAAUCCAAAGUACAAAGAGAACGUUCAAAAGUUGUCUAGUUUAAUGAGAGAACAAAUCGAAAUGGAUCGGCCCCUUGAACGAGCUGUUCACGCUAUCGAGCACGUCGCACGUCAUCACGGCGCACCUCAUUUACGUCCGGCUUCGUGCAGACUAAACAUGUUGCAGCGUGAAUCGAUGGACGUGACGCUAUUACUGGUGCUAAUUAUACUGGCUCUGGCUUACCUGGUUGUUUUUAUUGUCCGUUCAUCGGCGUCCAGAGUUUUGAAAUGGACGAAAACAGACCAAAUGAAGAAGAAAACCCAGUGAAUUCUAAAAAUGAAUUGGAAAAAAAAAGCAGGUUUUAAAAUUUUUUUAAACACAUAAACCGACCAAUCUAUUAUUUUAGUGGAAUUAAACAAUAUCGUUAAUCAAAUAUCGACCUGUAAUAUGCUAAACGUUGAAAAUUCAUCAUGAUUUUUGUGCUCAUCACAACCCAAUUACCUAUAAAUGACAUUUUUUUUCCAAACUAUGCCUUUUCCCCCUUAAAAAAAAAGACAAAACUUUGUGUGAAUACGCUUGACAAUAUAAAAGUACAAUACUUUUUUUUUUUCUA